CACCAACUUCAAUCACAACUCGAUCAGCGUUCAACUUGCCAACUUGCUUAGUGCAAAUUUCUGAAAACCAAUCAUGAAGUGUAUCGCAGCAACAGUCAUGGUUGCCCUCAUGGCAGUCAUCACCGAAGCAUCGUACGCCCCAGCGGUCUACGGAGGUCAUUACGGAUAUGCUGCAGCCCCCGUAGUAACUUAUGCCAACGAUCAUCACGGCUGGUCCUACGCCAACGCUUACAACAACCAUUGGGGAUACGCACCGGCUGCCGUUGCCUACAACAGCUGGGAUGGUCACUGGGGUGCUCCUGCCGUAGCCUAUGGUGGUGCUCACUGGAACCAGUGGAACGGUGCUGUGGUUGCACCAGUUCAACAUGCCGCUUCGUACGUCGCUGCCAACCGGGGAGCAGUCCACAAGGCGCCUCUUGUUGGACAUGUUCUCAACCAGAAGUCACUGAACUUGGCUCCGGCUCCUGGAACCUGGUAAAUGGCCGCAAUUGGAUUUGUAAAUACGUGGGGCAUGUGGGACUGGUUGGAACGUUUUGAAUAAAUUUCUUUAUUUCAAAACUAA